AUGUCGAAUACGCUCUCUCCCCCCAGCGAUGCCAACGAGGUCUACAGAUUACGACAGACAAACGGUACGUUGCAUCCUUGCUGCUUAUGCAUGCGAAAGAGGCCUUCACAUGAAGUCGCAAGCAAGCACCCAUACCCAUGCAGCAGCUUCAUGCACCGCACCUCCACCUUCUACCGCCGCCAACCUUUUCUUUCUCCCACCAAUACUCCGUCAACGAUCAAUUCAUCUCUCCCGCUAACAUGUCACUCUUCUCUUACCAGUCUCCAACCCAAGCAUAGUCCACAGCCGACCUUCCCAACACUCCAUCACUGCCUCCGAGCACUACUACUCCUUCUCCGGCUCCAACUCCUCCAAUUCCUCGGCCCGAUCCGCCGAGCUCGCCAAUGCUGCAUCUAUAUCGCAACAGACGAUAACACGAUACCAAACUCCGCCUUCACGAUAUCGGACGCCCCUGGCAUCGAGGGACAUCUUGCCUCUGCCGCAGCAUGCGGAGGAGCAACAGAGUGAGGAGGAAACCUUCAGAAAGACGCCAAUGAGAGGCCAGGGGAAGAGACGACAGAGCGUUGGUGAGGGUCCAAGUACCAAUGUUGCUACCACUGCUGCUGCAGCAGCGCCGUUGCUACGCGAGGGAGGGAUCAAAAGAAAGCCUGUACCCAGCACGGUGAUCGAACAAGAGUCUCGACCUGUGAGCGAGAUCAGAAUCUCUCCAACUGCUGCCCAGAGCUCCGUUGCGAGGGAUAUCAACCGAGAGCGAGAUGCACCGACCCCUGGUGUGGAUGACUCGCCAUACAUCCACUUCGCUCUGGAUCAAUUGACGAGAGACGAAGAAGUAAGAGGCAGCAGACGCUAUCCAGGCAUUGCACCUGGAAUCGAUGGCAAUUAUCCCUGCAUUACACCUCCACAUGUGCAGCAAGCGACUUCUCCCAGACGGCAGACACGCUACGAGCCAUUGCCGCAAGAAGAAGAGAGAGACAUCGUGGAACAAGCGCCUUACCCCGACGAUCCACCCCCUGAGAGCCCGCGGCGAGGAGAUGGCCCACCUUCUCUACCACGUCCACCACAAUCCCGUCCCCAGAGACCACAGGGCCCGAAGAUCUUCCUCUCAGUUCCCGCGGACAGAUCACGGCAAGUGCCUCUCAACUUCAAGCCUGGCAUCCUGAGACCUCUACAGCUCGGAAUCUAUAUUUUGCUCGUGCUGGCCUAUACCAUCUGCCUCGUCAUUGCAGCAGCAUGGAGUAGAGCACACACAGGACUGUUGAACUACGGCACCUUCGGAGACGGUCGAUAUUUCGUCUUUCAGUAUCUCCCCACAAUGCUUGGCAUGGUACUGCUGAUGUGGCUCUUUGAAAUCCAGAAAGCAGUUUACCGCGUUGGCCUCUACAUUGCCAUGGCUUCAGAUCUGCCCUCGAGUCGAAUCGCUGGCGCGACGCUCCCCAUGCAGCCGAGAGGAUUUGUCCUGCCAUACUUUGGACACUUCCGUGCAAAACAAACCGUUGUGGGAGUCUUCCUGUUCAUUGCGUGGCUGCAACUCUUCACUAUUCCGCUGCUGAGCACGAGUUUCAACGCCUACCAAGACAACGGAAACUGGAGCUGGAUCGCAACGCAGGGAGUGAUUUGGGUCGUCAUCGCGCUCUAUAUCCUCCUUCUGAUGGCUUUGUCCGCUCUUCUCUUCUGGCUCUCCAGGCAGCCAACCGGGCUGAAAUGGGACGCAAAGAGUCUAGCGGACAUUAUCGUCCUUCUCGAACGAAGCAACGCGCUCGAUGGCCUCGGCGACGGCGUGCCUCAGCUAGGCUACUUCCGUACCACACACCAACCCAACGAAGUGUUCCAUACUAUUGGCAUUGAAGAGAAACCGGCCCGCAGCUACGGAGUCAUCGACGGCCAGAUUCGCGAGAAGCGAUACUCAGAUCCAGACAACGAGCUUCAGCCCGGACGACAUUCCAAAGACGCGAUGUUGCCACGCUCACCCAUCGACGAAGAAGGUGGCAGCAGCUUUACCCACAACGACAAUGGCCUGCCAUGGUUUCUCCGGCCUUCCUUGGCUCUCCUCUGGCCCAUCAUCGCCAUUGUGCUGCUGCUCGCUUUCCUCAUCGUCUCGUACCUCCCCAGCACCAACGUCUCCGCCGGUUUCCGACCCAUGCUCUCUUCCGAAGUGAACACGAUGGGUUUCAACAGCGCCAAUUUCCUCUACAGCUUCAUCCCGUCCCUCCUGGCCACGCUGUGCUUGCUCUUCUGGCUCGACAUUGACCUCGCCCAUCGUCGUCUCGCCCCAUUCGAAAGCUUAACCUCGAUCAACCGCAAGACGCCGUCGUCUUCCGACCCAGAAAAGGACGAAUCAGAGGAAACAAUCGGCGACAGACCCGAACGUACCCUCCUGCCCUCCUACCCAGCCGAUUUCCCGCUUUUCGUCUCCCUCUCCGCCCUCUUCAAUUCCCACCUCCGCGUAGCUUUCAUAAGCUCCGUCAGCCUCCUCGCGGCUACACUACCAAUCCUCGCCGGCGGAAUCUUCUGGGCGGAAUUCUACAUCCCCGACCAGAGAGUCCUCAUCUACCCGGAUCUGCCAGCCUACUACACUCUCACGGUGUUCCUCACAAUCUACGCCCUGGCGUACCUCACCAUCUACCCCGCCUCGGCCCUCCACCACCUCCCGCCCAUCGAAUCCUUCAACGACAUGCGCGACCUGGUCCAUCAAUCGCGCCUCCUCGACGACAUCGCUUUCCGCAACCCCGUCAGCAAGACGCAACUGGUCACCCGCCUCCUGACCUCCAACCCGCUGGCUCCCCACGGCAUCGGCGCGGAAUCCAAACUCAGCCUGGCGGAUAGUAUCCGAGGCUACGGAAGGGCACGCGCUGCCGUGGAACAACAGCCGCCUCUCUGCUCCCCCUCCAACAACCCAUCCCCGAAUUUCGCGUUUGGGAGGUUUCAGGGACGGGAUGGGCGGGAAUAUCUCGGUAUUGAUCGAGUUCGGCGAUGA